UCAGCAUACCGCCGAGAGAGGAGCGUCGCAGACACAGAGGCACGGAAAGGAACCGCGAACCUAAACAAACCACCGGUGUGUCAUCAGAGAGGUUGGAUUUACUGGCGUCUACUGCUGCUGCUGCUCCUGCUGCUGCUCCUGCACGGAGGUAGACUAGAGCCGGUGGAGCCACUGCAGCCAGGAGGCUCAGGAGCAGGAGAGCAGCGGAGGAACAGGGGCCCGAGUCCGAGCACCAGGACCCCGCCCGCCCGCAGCCUUCACCCCGCUGCGCUGGAGCUCACAGACGGUCGCUGUCAACCAGAGAUGCCAAAGAGGGAGAUGAGGAAAGACCUGUCUGAUGAAGAGUGAAUGAAAGGUGGACCGAGUGAAGGAAAAACACAAGACGGAAGAAAGGCAAAACAAAUCCAUUAGGGGAGAACAAAAGGAAAGAGGAGGGUGAGAGAGAGAGAGAGAGGAGGGAGAUGUGAGAGGAGGGCAGCUCCCUGGCAGAGGAGAGACGGAGUAGAGGACAGAUAAAAACGGGAAGAGAAAACACAAAAAGUCUUGAGAGAGAGAAAGACAAAAAAAAAAAAAGGAGAAGAAGCUGGAAUCUUUGGAGAGGUAGGAAGGGGGAAAAGCAAGGGACUGGUCGGGGGAGGGAAGAAACAUCUGGAUGGUCUCCACAGCGACGGCCAGCAGGUUGACCCCCCUCCGAAGAUGGCCUCCAACUUCAACGACAUCGUCAAGCAGGGCUACGUACGCAUGCGCAGCCGCAAGCUGGGGAUCUAUCGGCGAUGCUGGCUGGUCUUCAAGAAGUCAUCCAGUAAAGGACCUCGUCGUCUGGAGAAAUAUCCUGAUGAGAAGUCUGCUUAUAUCAGAGCCUGUCCUAAGGUGACAGAGAUUAGCAACGUGAAGAAUGUGACACGGUUGCCACGGGACACCAAGCGUCAGGCUGUGGCCAUUGUGUUUACAGACGACACCUCGCGCACCUUCACCUGUGAAUCAGAGCUGGAUGCAGAGGACUGGUUCAAGACGUUAUCAAUCGAGUGUCUGGGAACACGGCUCAAUGACAUCAGUAUGGGGGAGCCGGACCUCCUGGCAGCUGGGGUGCAGUGUGAACACACAGAGCGUUUCAACGUGUUCCUCCUCCCUUGCCCCAACCUGGACAUCUAUGGGGAAUGCAUGAUGCAGAUCACACACGAGAACAUCUACCUGUGGGACAUCCACAACCCUCGCACCAAGCUGGUCACCUGGCCUCUCUGCUCCCUGCGGCGCUACGGGCGUGACGCCACCCGCUUCACCUUCGAGGCCGGACGGAUGUGCGACAGCGGUGAAGGCCUCUACACCUUUCAGACCAGAGAGGGAGAGCAGAUCUACCAGAGAGUUCACUCCUCCACGCUGGCUAUCGCUGAGCAGCAUAAGAAGGUCCUGCUGGAGAUGGAGAAAAACAGUAGGCUGAUGUCUAAGGGUUCAGAACCUGGCUCGUACCCAUGCACCCCCACCGCCAUCCUGCCCCGAUCCGCUUACUGGCACCACAUCACUGGAAACCAGAGCGGCAUGGACCCCUGCAGCGGUGAUGCCGCAGAAGACGACCUGCUGUCCACCCGCCUGCCUCCUGACCGCCACGCCACACUGCCCCUGGCAAACACACAUGCACAGUCCCAGCCGCACAUACACACACACUCCCCGACACACUACCCCACCUACCCUGGACAGUGACACACACACACAGAGAACAAGACAAAGACAUUGAAAAAAUACACAAACACACACUUAACCACAUGCAUGGAGGCACACACACUGAGACACACACUCUCCCUUCUUAAAUUUGUUUUACAGCCCAACGUUACACCUCACAGGAAAUGUUGUAAGCGGAACUAACACUGGCCGACAGACCAUCUUGAAUGCAGAAAGCAGGAAAUGAAAAAAGAGCUCUGCAAAAGGC